AUGCCUGUAGCUCACAAGACAGGAGCUGUGAAAUCCAAGCAGGAUGAGGAGGAUGGAACAGAAACGGGUGAAGGAGAUGAGUGGAUGCAAGGGAAGACUCUGAUCAAGCCACUUGACCAGCUGGAUCUCACCGAGGCUGAGUUAAAAGAGGAAUUCACCAGGAUCCUGACUGCAAACAACCCACAUGCCCCUCAGAAUAUCGUCCGAUACAGCUUCAAGGAACGUUCAUACAAGCCAAUCAGCAGUGUGGAUCAGCUGGCUGUCCACUUUGUGCUGGAGGGUAACCUGUUGCACCAGGACUCAGAUGAGGCACGCAGACAGAGGGCCAAACAGGGGGAUGUGGAGGAGGGCGGGGGAGAGGAGAGAGCUGACAGCGUGGAGUCCAAGGCUGGCAAGAAGGAGCAGAAAAUCACCAACCAGUUCAACUUCAGUGAGAGGGCCUCCCAAACCCUCAACAACCCACUCAGGGAAAGGGGAUGUCAGACAGAGCCCCCUCCUCGUGCAAACUUCUCAGCUACUGCCAAUCAGUGGGAGAUCUAUGACGUGUAUUUGGAGGUGCUGCAGAAGCAGGAGAAGAACAAGGAGAAGGCGAAAGCCGUCCCCAAGAAGGACGACGACAAAGGCAAGAAGAAGAUGAUGCUGGUGGAGACUCAGAGUGAUGACAUCACCAAAGUGGCCAAGGUGGCCAAGAUCAUCGAGCGGAUGGUGAACCAAAACACGUUUGACGACAUUGCACAAGAUUUUAAGUACUUUGAAGAUGCCUCUGAUGAGUACCGGGAGCAGGAGGGCACCCUUCUCCCCCUCUGGAAGUUUCAGUAUGACAAAGCCAAGAGGCUGUCUGUCACUGCCCUCUGCUGGAAUGAAAGCUACAAAGAUUUGUUUGCCGUCGGCCUUGGAUCAUACGACUUCACCAAGCAGGGGCGGGGCAUGCUGGUGUUCUACUCCCUGAAGAACUCCACUUUCCCUGAGUAUAUCUACCCCACGACGUCGGGCAUCCUGUGCCUGGACAUCCACAAGCACCUGCCCUACCUGGUGGCCGUGGGCUUCUACGACGGCUGCGUGGCCGUCUACAACCUCAAAGAAGAGACGCUGCAGCCCAUCUAUAAGAGCACCGCCAAGUCUGGCAAGCACACCGACCCCGUGUGGCAGGUGAAGUGGCAGAAGGACGACAUGGACAACAAUCACAACUUCUUCUCUGUGUCAUCUGAUGGCCGUGUGGUGUCAUGGACUCUUGUCAAGAAUGAGCUGGUCUUCACAGACAUCAUCAAGCUGUCGUUGGCGGGAGCUGUGUCAGAAGGACCAGAAGGCGUGCAACUUCCCAUCAUGGCUUGUGGAACAUCCUUCGACUUCCACAAACAGAUUGACUACCUCUUCCUGGUUGGCACGGAGGAGGGCAAGAUUCACAAGUGCUCCAAGGCUUACUCCAGCCAAUUCCUGGAGACCUACAAUGCCCAUAACAUGGCAGUGGACGCAGUUAAGUGGAACCACUUCCACACCAAGGUCUUUAUAUCCUGCAGCUCUGAUUGGACCGUCAAGAUCUGGGACCACACCAUCAAGACCCCAAUGUUCACCUUUGACCUGAACGCCUCUGUGGGAGAUGUGGCAUGGUCUCCUUACUCCUCCACUGUCUUCGCUGCAGUCACCACUGAUGGCAAGGUUCAUACCUUUGACCUUAGCAUCAACAAAUAUGAGGCCAUCUGCCAGCAGCCGGUGGUGGCCAAGAAAAAGACUAAGCUGACUCACAUUGAGUUUAACCCCGUCUACCCCAUCAUCAUCGUGGGAGACGACCGAGGAUAUGUCACCAGCCUCAAGCUCUCGCCUAACCUGCGCAAAAAACCCAAGGAGAAGAAGGGUCAGGAGCUGCCCAAGGGGCCUGAGGUGGAGAUCGCCAAGAUGGAGAAGCUGCUGAGUUUACUGCGGGAGCCAGAGAACAGCAAUGCUUAGAAACUAUGACAACACCAUGCAGGACUGUAGUCGCCCACUAUUUUUACUACUGCACUCCAGUUAUAAACCCACCACCAUUCAUGCCUUAUUCCUACUGUCUUAUGUCUUCUAAACCUACGAUACUAAAGCCACCGUUCCUUCCCAUGUUGAAGUACAGUGCUGUCUAUUGAAUCUGCAAUCUAGCCUACUGUUUUUCUCACUCUUGC